AAGGAGGAUCACAGCCAAAUGCAUUGAAGCAAUUGUCUAAAAAUGGCCUAAAGAAAGCGAAGAGAAACGAAAUUCAGUUCAUUUAUCCCCUCUUUUUUUUUAUUUGUUUUGCUAUCUUCCCCUUUCUCUGCAAAAAGAAAAACGAAACUUUGCAUUAUGCAUGGAAAAGAACAAAACAUAAAACGUUUUACACAGAACGACUCCAUACUUCCCUAGGAGUUAAUUGUCCUCUCUCCUUCUCCAAUCCUUUCGAGAAUAACAAGGAACAGAGAGGGUUAGGAGAGAAGAGAAGAAAUCUUCUGCAGAAAAUGUGAAUGCUGUUUUGUUUUUUCUUUCGAAUUGUAAAACAGAGCACGGAAAGAAACAGAGGGUAACAGGGGAAAGCAACAGGCGGGUUGGAAUUCGAUGCGAUUCUCAAUCCCAUAUCCCGGGAAUAUAAUAUGGAUGUUCUGGGUAUUUUCUUCAUGUUUUUUCCCUUCCCUCUCUGAUCCUCAAGCCUUGGAAGCCCGCCUUAUGUGUGGAACUACCAACGAAACCUCUCGGAGCUUCGUUGGGAAUGUUAACAGAGUCAUGGGAGCUUUGUCCGAAUCCGCUGCUGCUAAAGGCUGGGGGACCUGCUCGGUGAACGAUCCUCCAUUUAACGUCUUUGGGUUAGGCCAAUGCUACAAAGAUGUCAAAGGAAACGAUUGCAGACUCUGUCUCGACACAGCCAGAGAAGAACUCGAAAGGUGCAUCCCUGCCACAUCGGGCCGUAUCUACCUUGACAGUUGCUUUCAACGUUUCGAUAAUUACAGCUUCUACAAUGAAGGAGUUGAUGCCAAAUAUGAUCACGCAACGUGUGGCUCGCCUACGAAUGCUUCCAUUGACAGCUACAUAUAUCAGGAUUUUCAAAAUAAGUUGGAUCAAGUGAUCAUGAACGUGACGAAGAUGGCGUUGAAGAAAACUGGAUAUGGGGCAACGGAGGUGAAAGGAGGCCUGGUGACCGUUUAUGCAUUGGCGCAGUGUUGGAAGACAAUUGAUGCAGGAUCUUGUGGGAAGUGUUUGAGGAAUGCAGGGUUGGGGUUGAGGAAGUGUGCCCCGGGUGCUGAAGGCAGGGCUAUGUUUUCAGGGUGUUAUAUGAGGUAUUCAACCAAUAGAUUUUUUGAUCAAGCAGAAACAGACGACAAUCAGGGGUUUGGUAGAUGGCUCAUCAUAGGAAUGGCUUUAGCAGCAACUGCAUUCACUGUGCUUGCUACCAUUGGUGCUUCUAUAAGCUAUAAGAGAUUAUCCAAGAAGAAAGAAGAUGGUCUAGAUGACAUUCUGGUUACCGGAAACCAGACUAGUUUAAGCUUCAAGUAUGAAGUGCUCGAAAAGGCAACAAACAGUUUUGAUGAAUCAAGGAAGUUAGGUCAAGGAGGAGCAGGUUCUGUGUUCAAGGGGAUUCUCCCUAAUGGUAAAACUGUUGCAGUUAAAAGAUUGUUCUUUAAUACCCGGCAGUGGGUGGAUCAGUUCUUCAAUGAAGUAAAUUUGAUCAGUGGAGUUCAACACAAGAACCUUGUAAGGCUUUUAGGUUGCAGCAUUGAAGGUCCGGAGAGUCUUCUAGUUUAUGAAUAUGUUCCUAAUAGGAGCCUAGAUCAAAUCCUUUUUGUUAAGAACACAAUACAUAUUCUAAGCUGGCCGCAGCGGUUUAACAUCAUAUGUGGAACAGCAGAAGGGCUAGCGUAUCUCCAUGGCGGUUCUGGAGCAAAAAUCAUUCACAGGGACAUAAAAACCAGCAAUAUUCUCCUUGAUGAGAACCUCACCCCAAAGAUUGCUGAUUUUGGACUUGCUCGUUGUGUUGCUUCAGAUAAAUCUCAUGUUAGUACUGCAAUCGCAGGGACACUAGGAUACAUGGCUCCUGAAUAUCUUGUCCGGGGACAACUAACAGAGAAGGCAGAUGUUUAUGCUUUUGGGGUGGUAGUUCUUGAGAUUGCAACUGGUAGGAAAAACAGUGUUUUCUCACAGGGUUCAAGUUCGAUUUUGUACUCGGUCUGGAAGAAUUACAAGGCAGACACCGUUACACAAGCUAUUGACAGUGGCUUAAGAGGUAGGUUUGACGAGAGAGAGGCAUCGAGUGUGCUUCUUGUUGGGCUCCUGUGCACCCAAGCUUCAGCUGCACUAAGACCAUCCAUGGCAGACGUAGUUCAGAUGCUAACAGAUAAAAGUUGUGAAAUUCCCUGUCCCAAACAACCUCCCUUCUUGAAUGCUAGUGUGUUAAGCCCAGAAGACACCAUAUCUGGUUCUUUCAUGGGGCCUUUAGCUUUAGAUGAGCAGAAAACAGGUCCAGAGUCAUCCAGUCACAAGCCUGGCAUCAUGGCUAGUCCUGAAUCAAGAUAGCCUUGACUCACUCAUUUUCUCUUCAGGUUGGGGAAACCAAACAAUUGUAAAUCUGAGAGAAAGACUGGCCAAAACUAUUUGGAGAAUUUUGUUCCAAUUGUGGAAAGAAAACUUUGAUUUUGACACAUAGAAACAAUGACUUUGUACAUAUCAUCA